AUGGCAGGUAACACCCCGGGGCCGUCAGUCCUAGAAGAAGCAAACCCAACCGUUAGACUCAAAGGGAGAGAAGGUGAGUAUGCUGAGACUCUGGAGUAUGACACCUUUCAGUCUCGAGGUGGAAAUCCGGAAGACCUUAUGGACGAAGAAAGAUGGCUUGACUUUCCAGCACACGUUCGUUCCCCCUUGCAAAAGUCUAAGAUGAGCAAAUCCGAUGGAGAUACUCCUCUACCACCCACUGGAAAAUAUGGGAUGAGGAACAUCUGGAACCCAGAACCAGUCUCUGGUCUUGGAAAUGACCGCAUUUCGAGAGUAGACAUUGGUCGAAAAAUGACUGAGACACAUCUGGCAGUUGAGUUAGCUGCCAGAGCUUGUCAUUCUAUCAGCAGUAUCCAGGACGAUAUAAAAGUAUGGCUUGGCAUCGCUAGUGGUACACAGCUCACAACGGACAACAACGUCAACGGCGUGUUUGUGGGCAUAUCAGCAUUGAGCUAUAAUGCCAUCUAUAUGAAGAAGUCGGGUACUCAACAUUUCCCUGAUGGCUUCAAUGGCCUCUCAAGGCAGCAGGCUAUCAAGAACUCGUUGGAUUUGGACAACACGGAACUUGUUGAACUAGUAUUUGAAACAGGGUAUCAUAUACAAGGCCACGAGAUCAUCUGGACCGAGAACAUGUUGAUUCCAGGCAACAUCUCGUAUGCCAAACGCGCACUCCAUGAUCACCUAGAUGAUGAUGAAAAAGGUCGAUUUCUGCAGGUAAUGAGGCGAGAACAUCAUCUCCUUUUGUCCGGGAAUGGCCCAGCUGGUGUUGCUAAGACUCUCCCUUCCAAUGAGGACCCAAGUCGAAAGCCAUUGAUUUGUCGCGCUAUUCAAGGUGGAAAGGAUUACAACAAUCUGCAUUUCACUCUGAGGUGGCCUCCAAUGGCACUACUGGAGUUUCCUGAAGACAUGAUUAGCAACAUGCAAAGCUUUCUCGACCGAUAUCCUUCGGAUAAUGUGCCCCUGAACCUUGCACUCGCUGCAACAAUUAUUUAUUUCGAUAUUGAGGAAACACCCGAUCACGAAAUGGAGGGUUUUGUUGAUUCAUUUCCUAGAGCACCCAAAUGGCUCUUCACGACAGCGGUUCGUCGACCUCGUAACAAUUGCAUCCCACUCACUGGCCAUCCUACAAUCGCCUAUUGGAAUACUACCACUCCUGAGACAGUCAAAGCUCUUGCUGGUCCGGCAAGGGCAAUUGGCCCGGUCUUCCCAGACCUUGGGUCUAGUUACUACAACACAAGGGCCAUAGCGUCUUGCGCAAAACGGUGGUUCGGCGACGAGACUUGUUACACUCAGAACUUUCAGUUUUGUCGCGAUAAUCCAGAGUUUGAACGGAAGAACAUGGCAAGAAGGGCGGACGAGCUUAUCAGGAUUGCGGAUCGCUUGGGCAUUACACCCAAUGAGAGAAAGACCAGCCACAAGACCAUGUUGCUUGAGUGGGAUGGUAUGGAAGAACAGUUAAGGUCGCUUGGCCAAGAGGGAAAGCUAAAGCGGCUCGCUGUACCGCAAUAUUGUACACCUCCAGCCAAGCGAGCACAGCCUGUCGAGCCAACCUUGAGCUCUGACAUCAAAGGAGAGAUUCUUCAGACCAUCAAGGGCCUGGCAGCUGUAUCUUGCGACUGGGACAACCUGCUAAAGGAUCUCCAAACUCCAGCUCCAACAAUGAAAGCAGUUCAAGAGUCAUUCUCUCAAGUGCGUUUGUUCGUAUCCGAGCUGGAGAAGACACUGCAGAAUAAGAACGAUGGUAAUGGGAAGGGAGAUCUAGACCAUGUCAUCAGACUGGUGUUUCGAGCAGAGGGACUUUUCGGCUCUGGGGUAGAAGCAAUGGACUACGAGUCAAAAUGGAGUCAACAUCGUGCCAGGCUUUCCCAGCUGUUUGGACAGCCAACUGGUGAUGCUAUUGAAGCUGUUUUCAGACUCCGGGAUACCCCUGACGCGUUUGGUAUCAUUCUUCCCCAGAUUCAGGUUUUGGGGGAAUCUUCUUUGAUCAAAGAUCAAGUCGAGGCCUUCGAGAAGAUUGAGGCACUACUAGGACAGCCGCUGUCCGACAACGCCGAUGAGACAGCCUCGGGGGGGAACGAGGCACAACAAUGA